ACCUGUGAAGGCGGCAGCGACGGCAGCUCAGAGAACACAACAGCUGUCAGCAGCCAGUUCGUUCGGAAGAAGAAUCGUUCGUUGCUGAUCGUGCGCGGACUGCAUCUACCAACGCCUCCUGCCCUAGCCCGUAUUUUCUGCGCUGUAGCUUGUUCAACUCUGUCCACCCUCUCCGGUGGGAAUAAAUUUUUUCAAGCCACUGCAGUGCGAAAGCAUUAUGCUCAUCAAAGUAAAGACGCUCACCGGCAAGGAGAUAGAAAUCGACAUUGAACCCAACGACAAGGUGGAACGGAUCAAGGAGAGGGUUGAAGAAAAGGAAGGCAUUCCACCGGCUCAGCAAAGAUUGAUUUACAGCGGCAAACAGAUGAAUGACGAGAAGACAGCGACAGAUUACAAGGUUCAGGGCGGCUCUGUACUACACCUGGUGCUCGCUCUGCGUGGGGGGCAAUGGAGGUGAUGCUGACUGUGGGACGAAGAGUUGUGAUGCUGAUCGUGGAACGAAGAGUUAAUUGGUUUCAGCGCAAGUGCAUGCUGUCUGCGCACACUGCCUUUGCAAUUAGGCACUGGAAAUAAAUUUAGCUUCAUGCUACUUGUACUUUGAAUCUCA